AUGGUUCAGAUGUUCAGUUUUCGUUCCUUCCGCUGGAUUCUGGCGUUCCUCUUUGCAGUGGAAGAAGUGAAUGGCACUCCUGAAGUGCUAACAAAUUUGACCCUGGGGGCUGCAGUGAUAGACUCUUGUAGUGAUGCCAAAGUAGCCCUAGGGGGAGCAUCAUGGCUUCUAUCAGGAGGUCCAGGAGGGCCUUUAAGUUAUCGCUGUUGGGGCCCACCGCCAUUGCUGUCCGCGGUGCUCGGAGAUGCAGGGGAAGACUCGGCACUCAGUUUGGCCAGCAUUCUGGGACUCCAUAAUUACCCCCAGAUCAGUUACUUCACCCCUCCAGCCAAGCUCAGCAAUCAUUUCCUGUACCCCUCAACCCUAAGUGUUGCGCCAACGGUCUCUUCACAAGCUAAAGGCCUUGCUCGGCUCCUUCAAGCCUUUGGCUGGUCAUGGGUAGGUGUCCUCUCUCAGGAAACUAGUGCUUCCACCAUGGGCCAGACAUUUAGAGAAGAGCUGCAGGCCACAGGAGCAUGCCUAGCCUUUUGGGAAAGUGUUCCUUCUUCCGCAAAAGAGGUCAAUAGCGUGGCAGCCAUCAUUAGACAGUCAACGGCAAAGGUGGUGGUUGUCUUCUCCCUUGAAGCCUACUUGAAUCCAGUUUUGUUGGAGCUGGCACGCAAUGGAGACAGUAAAGACAGAAUUUGGUUAUCCGCUGAUGCUUGGUCUACAUCUGCAAGACUAGUGGGUCCUUGGCUAGCCCAUUUUCUACGAGGUUCUCUAGGGCUUGUUCUCCGUAACGGGGCUGCUCCAGGUUUAAGCAGAUUUGUAUUUGGAUUAAAUCCUAACCAAUUCAACAAUCAUUCACUGUUUUUGGAGUUCUGGGAGGAAGCAUUUAGCUGCCAAUGGCCCCCAGAUGGGAACCAUUCAUCUCUGCUUCCAAAUAAUGAUUAUAAUGAAUCUUCGACAGCAUCUGUGAACGUAUCUUCAGUUAUCAAUACAGCACUGCAUGCUACUUCUCUCAAUAAUAUGUCUAAUUCAACAUUUACCUCACCGCCUCCGUCUUCUGCAAAGACAUUAUGCACAGGACUGGAGGAUGCUGCUUCUCUACAGAUAUUCUCAGAUAUCAAUGACCUCCGAGUAACAUAUAACGUCUACAAAGCAGUGAAGAUGGUUGCCGAAGCUCUCCAUGACAUGGCUACUUGUCAGAACAUGAACGGAUCCUUGGAUAGAAGUCAUUGUGUAGACAUUCAACAUUUUCAGCCAUGGCAGCUUCUUUACUACCUUAAGAAAGUGCGACUGAAAGGAAACAUCGGAGAUGACUUGUAUUUUGACUCUCUUGGAAACGCACCUGUCAUUUACGACAUCAUUAACUGGCAAGAUGAACUGACAGGAAAAAUCAGCUGGGUGCAAGUAGGGCGUUAUAAAAGUGGCGCAGUGAUGGGUCAAGAUUUAUUCAUCAACAAAAGCGCCAUUCGAUGGGGAGAACACUUUGAUCAGCCGCCUGAUUCCGUAUGUUCAGAAAAUUGCUCUCCUGGAUUUCGCAAAACCCCACGUCAAGAUAAACCCCACUGUUGUUUUGACUGCGUGCCUUGUCCAUCAGGAGCUUUCUCCAAUAAAACAAAUGCUGUUGACUGUUUUUAUUGCCCAGAGGACCAGUGGCCAAAUACUGCUCGGAACCAGUGUAUGCUUCGGUUGGUGGAGUUACUAACCAUCUCUGAACCCAUUGGCAUCUCCCUAGCUACAACAUCCAUCAUUGGCUCCAUCAUACCCGCUCUUGUCCUACUGCUCUUUAUUAAGAACCGAGAAACUCCUCUGAUCCGUGCGAAUAAUUGUGCUCUUAGUUUCAUUCUAUUGGCUGCUCUCACUUUCUCCUUUCUUUGCCCCCUUCUACUCCUUGCUCCACCAGGAAAGCUCACCUGUUUUAUUCAACAAGUCGCGUUUGGUGUGACCUUUACUCUCUGCAUAUCCUGCCUCUUGGCCAAGACAGUGAUCGUUGUUUUGGCCUUCCGUGCCAAUCACCCAGGUGGGUGCCUCAGAGUGCCAAAAGGACUAUGGUGGCCUAUACUGUUUGCCUUACACUGCACAGCCGUCCAAAUAGUAAUUUGCAUCUCAUGGUGCUUAGUAAACCCUCCAUUUCCGGUACAUGAUACUAAAAGUAUAUUAGGAAAAAUAGUCAUCCAAUGCAAUGCCAGUCUUGGUUUUUGGUUCAUGCUUGGCUACCUUGGACUACUGUCUUCUGUGUGUUUUGUGGUGGCAUUCCUGGCCAGGAAACUACCUGGAGCCUUUAAUGAGGCUACUCAUAUAACCUUCAGUAUGCUGGUGUUUCUUAGUGUCUGGAUAUCCUUUGUUCCAGCCUAUGUUAGCACACAAGGCAAGCUGUCUGUAGCAACAGAGAUGUUUGCCAUUUUAUCCUCCAGUGCUGGUCUUUUGUUUUGCAUCUUCUCACCCAAAGUCUAUAUCCUCUUGCUGCAUCCCCAGCUUAAUACCCGGGCUGUCGUUUCUGGUCAUCAGAAGAGACAGACUAUCAACAACAUUCGAGUGGUACCACCACCGGGCAGAACAAAUUCUAGAGAACUUUGCAGGGAAAAAAAAACACACAAGAAUCUGAAAAUGGUUUUAUUUCAAUAAAAUGUAAACUUUAGAACAUCACUCAUUCCUAACUGUCUGUUGGGCAGCUUCUGAAACCUGAAUAAAGUUUCUACUUAUGCCG